AUGAGUGUUGAGGAGUAUUCGUUGGAGUUCACUAUGUUGUCUGGGUAUGCUACAUCCUUGGUGUCUAACCAUCGGGAUGAGAUGAGUAGGUUUGUGAUCGGUGUCUCCAACUUUAUGAAAGAAGAGUGUCGUAUUACCAUGCUCCAUGGUGACAUGAAUUUGUCUAGACUCAUGAUGUAUGCUCAAUCCACAGAUGAGUCUAAACUUAAUAGGAUUUCUAGAAACUUUAAGAGGAGUGGACCAAGUGAUCAAAACCAACCUAGGUUCAACAAGAAGGCUAAAACUCAAGGUGAACUUAUAGAUCCUAAGGUCAAACUUGAGAAGGGUAACGAUUCUAAAUGUGGUAAGCCUACUUGUGCUACUUGUUGGAAGAAGCACUAUGGGAAAUGUCUAAUUGGUACCGGGAAUUGCUUUAGGAAAGAAGGUAAACAAGUUCCUCCAAGUGUUCCGGGUGAAGAUGAUGUUCCAAGGAAGAAUCACUUCUAUGCACUUCGUGCUAUAGGAUCAAAGCCGGAUGAGGAUGAUGAUGUUGAUAAGUAA